AAGCUGAAAGCGCCGAUCAAUUUAACCAAUUAUAAUAUUACACGUGUUCUUGGGAAGAGCCGCUCCCGUUCCCUCCACCUCGAAAGCAUCUCAUAUCUGCUUUCGUCUCUCUAACUAUUCACCUCCGCUAGACUUUUUCCUCUUUUUGGUGCAAUCUGCUCCAGGAUUCAGAGACUCGGAAGAGUUUAAACCGACUUCAUUCUCUGUUUCACCGGUCUCCAUGGAGUGUCUAGGUCGAAUGCGUGCUGCCGGUCUCUCUCUGCCAUUCUGCGCUUGGAAAUGCCAGAGGCGACUUGCUGCGGGCGAGCGGUGGCCGCUGCUUCGGCAGAGAAAACGCUCGAUUCGGCUUCUUCCUCCAUUUCGAGCCAGCGGGGCGAUGACGGAGGUGAAGGGAGUGGAGGAAUUUGCUGACGAGGAGGAUUACAUUAAGGCCGGUGGAAGUGAACGUUUCUUUGUCCAAAUGCAGGAGCGGAAGCCAAUGGAAAAGCAAAGCAAAAUCGCUGACAAAUUGCCAAUGAUUUCUUCCAGCGAUCCUUUGCUGGAGUUGAUCGUGGUCGGGUGUGGUCCAGCUGGUAUGUCGUUGGCCACAGAGGCGGCUAAGAGUGGAUUGAGAGUAGGCCUUAUUGGACCUGACCUUCCAUUUACAAAUAACUAUGGCGUAUGGGAGGACGAGUUUAAAGGCCUUGGACUGGAAGGUUGUAUUGAGCAUGUUUGGCAAGAUACCAUAGCAUAUCUUGAUAGCAACGAUCCAAUUCUGAUAGGCCGUGCAUAUGGUAGAGUUAGCAGGCACUUGUUGCAUGCUGAGUUGUUGAGAAGGUGUCAGGAAACUGGUGUUAGAUUUCUUGACUCAAAAGUGGAAAAGAUUAUUGAAGCAAGUGAUGGUUCGAGUGUUGUUGUCUGUGAAGGUGACCUCAUGAUUCCUUGCAGGCUUGCCACUGUUGCAUCUGGAGCUGCUUCAGGGAAACUUCUCCAAUAUGAGGUAGGGGGUCCUCGUGUGUCUGUGCAAACAGCUUAUGGAGUGGAAGCUGAGGUGGGAAAUAAUCCGUAUGAUCCGAGAACAAUGGUUUUCAUGGACUACCGUGACCACGUGAAAGGAAAUAUGACUUCUUCUGAUGAAGAAUAUCCAACUUUUCUUUAUGUCAUGCCCAUGUCAUCCACAAGAGUCUUUUUUGAGGAAACUUGCUUGGCUUCAAGAAACGCCAUGCCUUUUGAUCUUCUUAAAAGUAAGCUAAUGUCCCGCUUGGAUGCUAUGGGUGUUCGCAUAUUGAAAAUAUAUGAAGAGGAAUGGUCUUAUAUACCUGUUGGUGGAUCCUUGCCAAGCACAGAACAGAAGAACCUUGCAUUUGGUGCUGCAGCCAGCAUGGUGCAUCCAGCCACAGGAUAUUCAAUUGUCCGCUCCCUGUCUGAGGCUCCAAAGUAUGCUUCAGUGAUUACAAAUAUAUUGAAGAGAAAUGCUUAUUCCAGACAAAUUAAAAUCAAAGGAAAUGUUUAUAAUCCUUCUGCUCUAGCAUGGAGAACUCUUUGGCCACAAGAAAGGAAACGGCAAAGAGCAUUCUUUCUUUUUGGAUUAGCUUUAAUAUUGCAGCUUGAUAUCGACGGAAUUAGAAUAUUUUUUCAGACUUUCUUUCGCUUACCUGAUUGGAUGUGGCAGGGUUUUUUGGGUUCCACACUUUCUUCGGUGGAUCUUAUAUGGUUUUCCUUCUACAUGUUCGCAAUUGCACCAAACAGCUUAAGAAUGUGUCUCAUCAGACAUCUCCUCUUAGAUCCAACCGGCUCAAUAAUGAUUAGGGAAUACCUUACCUUGUAAAUUUUAAUGCAAUUUUUUUCAGCUUUCUAUGGGAAUCAUCCUUCUUUUUUUGAUAGCUUAGUUAUUUUUUAUUGUGCUUCCCUUCAUAAUUGUACAUAAUCAUCAAAAUUAAGAACAUUCAAUAUGUGCAUAUUUUGAAAAAUAAACAUGGUUGUUGGAAAUUGGAUUUACUCUGAUGUUUGGAAAA